CCGACCAUGUAAACGCUCUUGACUCGACAGAAUGGUUCAUCUCCAUCGUCCCCCUUCGUCCCCACAGCUCGAAGCUAGUCGAUUACACUCGUUAUUGACAACAUGGCAGAAAACCAGAACCAAAGUCCUAUCGCGUCCCUCGCGACGGAGACGCUCUGCUACAUAUUCGAGCUCGUGAACAGCGAGACUCGAUGGGAGAUCCCGCUCAAACCCGACAACCCGCGCCUCUUUCCCUUUGCGCAGGCUCGCGUCUGCCGUCACUGGCGGGACGUCCUCGUCACUCUCCCAUCCAUUUACUGGAGGAAGAUCAUUGUGCCACUCGAUGCGCCUGUCCUUCCGUCCUCAGUUGCUGCGUACGUCGAUGCUUCUGGCAACGAGGAGAGGAUGGAAGUUCAUCUGCUAUCUCACUCUGCUACCUCCGAAGCGGAGGAGGAGCAGCCGGUGCUGGCACCCCAGGCUGAAUGUCAAAGGGUCGACACGGCAAUGCAACACCUCGCACCUCAUCUCGCGCGCUUCAACACUCUGUCCAUCCACACCCAAUACCGCUCUGCCGCCCUCGUCGCGAUGAAACACAUCAGUGCUAUAGGCAACGCGCGGAUGCUCUGCACCCUCGACAUCGUCUCUCGCGUGGCGGACACAACCACUCCUGCCUCUUUCGCCCCGGGCCUCACUUUCCCAUGGCUUGAAAGCAUUGCGAUCGACACGAGGAGCUUCAUCGAUUGGGUGCACAGCAAACCCAAAGUAGGCGGGGGCGAGGAUGAAGAGGACGAAGACGAUGAGUUUCGAGACACCCCGUGGCUGGCCCUCAAGCUCACAUCCUACCGUCCGACAUCGGGUCUUUCCGGCUUCACGUCGACGGUGCUCAUCGACACGAUAGAUGCGUUUGCUCCGAAGGGCAAGUACAACCUCUACCUCGAGAUCAGCGAUGUUGCCUUCGAUGACGAAGAUGCAGCCCGGGCUGCUAGCGGGCUACGUCCGCGCCGCAGCACAACUCAGCCCAAACCCAAGAAACUAGACCAACUCGAUGCCGUCAAACUGACGUCCCUCGACUACCCGUUCCUCAAAGCGUUCUUUGACCGCUACGAACCCGAACAGGACUACCUAGGCGACGGCGGGCGCUACAGGGUCAUACUCUCCAAAUGCUCCAUUACCGGUCCGCUGAGCAUCCGUGUCACGCCUGGUCUCGUCCUCGACCGGAUCGAAACCCAGGAGGAAAUCCUCACCGCGCUCAAGGCGUGGUCCGGCGCCGAGCUCGAGAUCAUAGACUGCCCCGCCUUUGACGACGCCGUCAUCAACACGCUGCGCACAAGCAAGCCGGUGCUGGGGCUGUGCAAAGAGUUGCAGUACCUCUUCAUCGUACGGUGUCCUGACAUAUCGGCGGAGGCUCUGCUCAAGCUUUUUGACGAGCGCCAGAUGUGGCUUCGGAAGAUGCAUGUGUAUGCGGCUCCUCGAGUGCUCGAUGAAUGUGAGGAGGAAGGGUUCAGAGAGCUGGUUGAGGAUCUCAGUUGGACCAGAACGGAUUUUAUCACCUCUUAGGCUUGGCUCGAUGGGGUACGCCUUGACAUGCUUUGACUCGCGUAUGAUUCAGAUCGCAACACAUGUACGGCCCCAUCAUGGCGCUAUACGCACCAUAAAGACCUACUCAAUGUGCUCCUAGAUUACCUUUCUUACGACCCAAUGGACUUUCUUCCG